AGACCACACUGUAGCAGUUAGAUAAGAUAACCAAAUUUUGUUUGCAGGCCGGAGAAAUUCAAAAUAUUAAGCAAUCAAUUCAAAAAAUGAUUCUGAGGCUGAGCAGAUUGGCAAUUUUAAACUAUCGUAGCAUCAAGUUUUGCUCGGCCAGACCAAACUCAACUAAACCUACGGAAGACAUCAGCAGACCAGUGGUCUAUACGCGAAGUGCUGCCAACCAGUGGAAGGCACAGUACUCGCGUGAAGGUGGUCCAAACACUCGCUUAUGGUACGAACCGUACGUUGUAUUAACGAGCAUAGCAGUAUUUCUAAUUUACUUUUGCAUUCUUCGUGAAGAGUCAGACAUAGAUCGGAAAUUUGACAAAUCAUUGUAUGACCACAUUGAAGGUUUGGAAGAGAAGCAGCUUAUAAUUAGCCUGAAGUAUAACGAAGAACACGGGUUAGACACCAAGGCAAUUGUAACACGCUUGGAAGAGCUUGCCAAAGACAAUAAAAAAUAGUAAUUGA